AUGGAGAAGAAGGAUGCGAAACCAAGGUUUAUUAGAUGGGUAUUGUUUCUACAAGAGUUCGACUUUGUGGUGAAGGAUAGAAAGGGGACUGAACAUCAAGUUGUUGAUCACUUGUCCAGAUUAGAGGAAGAGGUGAUGCUAAAGUUUGGUGAUAGGGCUGAAAUCAAUGAUGCUUUUCCGGAUGAACAAGUAUUGGCUACUUCUCAUGCUUUGAUUCCUUGGUUCGCAGACUUUGCUAAUUAUUUGGCAGAGGUCGAGAUGAUGGGUAUACUAGAGGCGUAUCAUUCAUCGCCUAUUGGUGGGCAUCAUAGUGGUGUUCGGACUGUGCAUAAAAUUUUGCAGUGUGGGGGUCGUAUUGCAGCACUCGUGGAAGGACAAGUACUAAUAGCUUACCAGGGCCAUGAUAGGACAGUACCUCCUAAUGCGAAUAUUAUUCAUGGGGAUGUGCAUGAUCGUGUCAAGGGGGAUGGACCAGCUCAGGCUCCACCUAGUAUUAUUUCAACCCCGGUCCUUCAAGAUACCUUGGCUCGUAUUUUAGGACUUUUAGAGGGGAUGGCUCAGGUGGGAACAUUGCUUGUCACCUCUGAUGCCUCACAGACCCGUGUUGAAGGUCAGACUCCAAAUCCGAUGAUUUCUCUAGAUUCUCAGAAUCAGCCAGCUGCUGCUAUAGCUCCCUGUUUAGAUAGUAUGGAAUUUCUAUGUAUUGCAUCACAUUUGGCGAACAGGCCUUCCAUGACCAUUGAUGAACAAAAGAUGUUUAAGAGGUUCUGA